UACUCCGUGCACACGAGUACAGAACUCUUCCGUGCGUUGUGCUGGUGUUGUGUGCUCGGGGGGAAGCCAUAUCUGGUAGAGGCUGCAGAAGGGGCAGUAUCAGAGACGAUGCUUCGUGGUUAGUAAAUGCAAUUCACGCUCAGGCCCUUGAAUGCAGCGGCAGCAUCAGCGGGUUGCUGCACCAGAAGGCCUGCGACGGCUGCUGAGGAACGAGGGAAAGACGAACAUGACCUACUCUCGCAGGGUAGAGCCCAUGUAUGCUUCAAAGCCAAGCCUGGUUGACCUGGAGGCGGGCGGCACCGAUCUUGCCAACUCAAAGACGACGGCAGCGUUGUGUCGUCCCACGAUGCCUCGUUUGACCUUGGCUGCUAUCGUGGUUCUCUUGCAAGCGGCGGCGAUUCUGGGGCUCUUGGUUAGCCUUGCUCUUACUCGAGAUCGCUGCAGAACUGCUGCUGCUACCGAGAGCUUCCACGUUGGGCCGCGAGUGGUCUUCGUGGACAGCCAAGCAUCGAAAGAGCUGACGCAUCUCAUAAUGGUGCCGUGCCACGGGGUAACGGUAACAGAAUCGCUGGAGGGCGCGGACAGCAGAGACGGCGAUUGGUUCUUGCUAGACUAUCAGAAGGGGAAGGACGUCCCCCGUGCGCUAGUGGGGCACAUACAGGGUGGCUUGGACGCGCUGGAUGCUGACGAGAACGCGCUGCUCCUUUUCUCGGGUGGCAAGACAAGAGGACCCGCGGGACCGAAGAGCGAGGGAGAGUCAUAUUUCUUCGUCGCGGACCACUACGACUGGUGGGGCAAGCCGGACUUGAGGGCGAGAGCUUCGACCGAGGACUUUGCACGAGACUCCUUCGAAAACGUGUUGUUUUCCAUAUGCAGGUUCAAAGAAAUCACUGGCGACUACCCCACGAAGAUCACUGUGGUGGGGUUCGACUUCAAGGAGGACCGCUUUGAACAUCUGCACAUGCCUUCCCUGCGGUUCCCGCCGGAGGCGUUCCGAUACGUGGGAUUACACCCCGAGGGGCGGUUUGACCACGCUGCCGCUGCCGAGGGCGAACGAACGUCGGCACUAGAGCCAUACCGAUCGGACCCGUAUGGCUGCGCCGUUGGCGGCACUUUAGUGCAAAAACGACAUGCCCGGGACCCUUUCCACAGAACGCCACCAUAUAGCAUGGUGUGUCCGGAAAUGUCCGAACUGUUGGGGUGGUGCGAGACUGAGCUCUUCACGGGCGACCUACCGUGGUCCCCGGCGAGUGAGGAGGGAACAGAAGAAGGGUCCGGUGUGCGCGAAAGGCUUCGAAGAUAAGGCGGGCGGUGGCGG